AUGGCUCUUCUUGUUCUACUACAUACAACCAUAGGGUGUGGAAAACAGGGCUUCCCGUCCGCUCAGCCAUACUUAAGCCACACGCCGGCUGCGAAUCCCGGCUGUUGUAUGUUUUUUUUUCUUUGUUUUAUUGCUUUGGUAGGAGGGCCUGCCUUGUCUUUCACCCUCUUCAUCCUUCGUCUAUACGACCGGUGCCACGAAACCGUGCCUAUCUACACGUCCAGCUGCAGAUCGGCCACUGUUGGCUGGCACUCUACAGUGAGAUUUAUGGAUCCCAAGAGGACGAUAGAUGUUAUUGUGGGGCCGAGGGAACUAUUAACCAUAUCAUACUCGACUGCCCAACGCUGA